AUGCCUUCACCAGCCGAAAUUAUUGCCGCACGUCUUAACCGCGACUCAGAAGACUACGAGUUGAAACAAGAGUUGGAGUAUAAAAAUGUUGAUGAUGCCGUUUCAACAACUUCAUCAACUAGGGCUUCGACUCCUUCCAUCACGGACGAAUCUGCCUUCCCCGCAUUGGGCAUGAAAUCAAGCAAUGGUAGUGGUGCUGGUGCAGGUGCAGGUGCUGCUAGCACUCAUGCCACCACAAACUGGGGUCCCACGAUGAAAUCACCAAAAGGUGUUGAUCCUGCAUCUCUACCAUCAAACGAUCCUGCAAGACAAGCUGCUAAUGUCAAAAAGUCCACUUUCUACCCAAAGAUGAGAGCUCACCAACCUUCUGUGCAAGAGGCUUUUUCUUUGGACAUUGAGGAUCAAUUAAACGUGUCACGUCCAGAGUUUGUCAAGAUUUUGACUUUUGUUAUGCAAGAGACAAAGACAAGCAUUGAAUGUACCAACUCUCAACACACCAAAAAGAGAACUUUCUUGAUCACCGGUAAACCCGAAGAGGUUAAGUCAGCCAAGAGAUUGGUGGUUAAAAAAUUGACCAAACCUAUAAGUAUCAAAUUCACCGUGCCCGCUGCCUUGAGAUCGAGAAUUAUUGGACAAGGUGGUAAGAACUUGAAACCUAUUAUUGCUGCUAAUGAAGUCAAGAUUGAAAUCGGCGAGGAAGAACAUGAUGCGAAAAAUGAGAAUGUUAGUACCAAGAACGACGAGGACUCUAACUUUGUCAACAACAAAGAACAGGAAGAUGACGAAGAAGAAGAAGAAGAAGAUGAUGAUGAUGACAUUUUCUCCAAAACUAUUCAAAUCACUAUUGAUGGUGAUGUUGAAGGUGCCAAAAGAGCCAAGUCCCAGAUCUUGGCUAUUGUCAAAGAAGAGACCAAAAACUUGUCCACCAAAGUCAGCUUGGAUGAAAGAGUCAAGCCAUUUGCUAUUACUGAAUUAAAAUCUCUCGUUGAUAAGUAUUCUGAUUUGGAUUUUUCAAUUCCAGACUACAAAUCAAGCAGAACCUCGUUGCUCAUUGUUGGUGAACGUGAAUCAGUUCUUGAAGCUAAAUCUGAUGUCAAGGCCGCUUUGGAGAAAUUAAGCAAGAAAAUUACUGUUGAAGAAGUACCAAUUCCACAAACCAAACACCAGUUCUUGCCUAUUGCAGACGUAUUGGAAAAGUGUAAUGUCUUGAUUCAAUUACCUAAGGAUGGCGAACAAAAUGUUAAAUUUGUUGGUGAAAAGAAGAACAUCAAACUUGCACAAGAUGAGGCAAGAAAAGUGACCUCGCAAUAUAAAGUCGAGGUUUUGGACAUGUCCAAGGCUCACAAAGGUAAUUUGAAACACGUUAGAGCAGUUGCUGUAUUAUUAAACAAGACUGGUGCAUUUAAGGAAAUCGCUCAAACUAAUGAUGUGACAAUUCACGUACCACAUGCAAAGGAACUUCAAGGCGAGUCCUCCACCACUUCUUCUAUUCCAAUUCAAAUUGUUUCCAAGAGUGGCGACGACAAGAUCAAGGCUGCAAGAAAAGCAAUCGUUACUCAAGUCAACAAAAUCACCCCUGAACAGACAAAGGUUAUUGACGAUAUUGAUGCAUUCUUCCAAGGCAAGAUUGAAGAGACGAUCAAGGAUGUUGCUAAAGCUGAAAAUGUGCAAUAUGUUAUUUUAGGCACAACCAUUACCUUGUUUUCAGCACAACAAAAACAAGAUGAAGAAGCUGAUGACUUUGAUGACUUUGAGACUGCCGAUGUUGACCAGGGAGCUUUUGAUAAGAUCAAUACUGCUUUGACUGACUUGAGACAAUUGGCAGCCAAAUUGACCUCUGAAUCGUUAAAGGCAAGUCAAAAGGAGAUUCAAGUCGUUUUCGGUCCAAAGGGUACAACUUUGAAAUCAAUUUUGGCCUCAGUUGAGCCUCAAACUGUGACUGUUAAAUUCAAUGAAAAUUUGAUCAACAUUCAUGGUAUUGAUUCAUCGGUUGUACAAGUCAAGAAGGAGAUUGAAGCCGUGUUGGCAGAAGCUAAAGAGUACCCAGAUGGUUACUCUUCUACAGUUCAAGUGCCUGCUUCUGUUGUUUCCAGAUUGAUUGGAAGAAAUGGUGCCAACUUGAAUGCACUUCGAGACGAGUUUGGUGUAAAGAUUGAUGUUCCAUUGCUUGCCAAUGGUAAUGUUGCCUCUUCUGCAUCACACGGUAAAGAUGAUGGAGAAAAGGUUGAAAUCACUGUUAAAGGUGUUAAGAAAAACGUCGAAGAAGCCAAGGCUAAUAUCUCAGCUUCGGCUAAAAAAUGGGCCGAUGAAACACUUGUUAGAUUGAGAAUUGAACACCAAUACCAUAGGAGAAUGAUUGGUGCUCAAGGUGUCUACAUCAAUCGUUUGCAAGACAAGUACCACGUCAAGAUUAGAUUCCCAUCAGCCGAUUCUUCCUCAAGUGCGCAAUCUACUUUUGCUGAUGCACCAAAAUCCAAGGAUGAAGUGACUAUCAAAGGUCCAUCCAAGAUGGUUGCAAAAGCCGAAGAGGAAUUGAAGGAGUUGUACAAGUUUGAGCAAGAGAAUGGGUACAAGGAGACCAUUAGAAUUCCAUCAAAGGCCAUCUCACGUGUUAUUGGUAAAGCUGGUGCAACAAUUAAUGACAUUGCUGAUGGAACUGGUGUUGAAUACAAGUUUAAGCGUGAUAAUGCUGCAUCCGAGGAAAAAGAUGGUUUUGUUGAAGUUGAGCUCACUGGUUCCAAGUCGGCCUUGAAAGAGGCUAAGGCCAAGAUUCAAGAAAUUAUUGCUGAUGUUGAGAAUUUUGUUGUUGAAACCGUUAAAGUUGACCCUAAGUACCAUCGUGACUUGGUUGGUCCAUACGGAUCUGUUAUGAAACAUAUCAUUACUCAAGCCGGUGGAGACAAUCUUCCAAGACAGAAAUACAAUAGGUUGAUGUCUAUCCCCAACGAAGGUUCUGGGUCCGACGAGGUUGUUUGCCAGGGAGAUAAGGCCAUUGUGGAAAAAAUUGUUCAAGCUAUUGAAAAAAUUGUGGAGGAAAAGAAAGCAACAAUCUCUGAAGACUAUGAACUUGCUAAAGAGAAGCAUAGGUUUAUUAUUGGACCCGGUGGCUCUACUCGUUCUGAAAUUGAGCGUGAGUUUAAAGUGCAAUUGAGUAUUCCAAAGAGAGAAGACGAAAGCAUUGUGGUGAAGAUUAAAGGUUUGCCUGAAAACAUUGAGAAGGCCAAAUUGAAAAUCACCGAGUUGACAAAAGAUAAGGAGACCAAGAAUGGUAAAAAGAACAAAUCAAACGGCGAGUCCAAAGAAAAGGAAGCUGUUGAAGUUGAAAACUAG